CCCUGCUGCUAUGUCUCUCACACCACACCACCCCCAUCCUAUUGUCGUGGAAAUUGACCACAACAGAGUAGACAGAGCAUGAAAUAUUCGAGACUUUUCACUAAAAUCUCUUGUCAUCAUGUUGAUUAUAGCAACUGUAUAGUCAGCUAUUAUGGAAUUUCAAAAUAUACUUUGGAUUUAUUGUACUUGGCAAAUGAAAAACUUGGCAUUCAGCUGAAAUUCCCAGCCUAUCUCUGGAAGGGGAAACAUGGACAUACAAGUGUCAUCUCAGAAGUUUGUUUUGCUCCAAGUACGUAAGAGGAAUGUGUAUAGCUAAAGAUCAUCGUUUGAUUAGGAAUGAUCAAACUGUAACUGUUAGAUACCACCAUUCCUUGACUGCAGUUCAUAAGGAAGGAGCCUUGUAAUCCAAAACAUCAUACUUGCCACAGUGCUGCAACUACCAGCCACAUUUCUCAAUCAUUUGCAAUGGUUUGCUGUCCAUUUAACUCCUUUUAUGCAAAAAAGAGAUGACUGAUGAAGAAGAACUAAGUUACAGUGCAAAUCUGAUCUGUCCAUCAUGUAGAAAGAUCUAUAAUCUACCUCUGUUUUUGCCAUGCUCACAUAGCUUGUGCCAAGCAUGCAUUCUCAGUGUCAGGAAGCUGUCCAUCCAGAAGGCUUAUCACAACAGUUAUUCUCAGUCUUCACUCAGCAUAGUCACGAUCGACUGCCCAAUUUGCUGGCUACCUAUUGAGCUCCCAUGCCCUGACUGGGACACAGUGCUGGAAUAUCUCCCAGUGAACUGGACACUCAAAAGCAUUCUUGAUUGCUAUACACUGCAUGCUACAUGCAAUGACCAUGGCAAAAGAUGGCGCCUCUUCUUCUGUGAACGUACAGGCACAUUUGUGUGUAGGGCUUGUCGACCUAACCUUUUGGAAGAUGACAGCAUUAUUACCUUAGAAGAUGCCUGGGCUGCGAGGAAGGACUUUGUUAUUAAUACCCUUCUCUCCAUGAAGGAUGGUGAUGGAAAUUUAAGUGAACAAACUAGAAAGAAAGCAGCAGCUGAAAUAUCAGUGCAGGAUGAAGCUCAUGGUCAACAUUCAAGUAUGUUGAGGCAUUGCAGCCAGGAAGCUUCAGAUAAUCCCAGAAUGAGCAGAGACCAUCUGGGACCUAAGACUCUGAAAUGUGGCACAGAUACCACAAAUAUAACUCUCACAGGAAUACUGGUGCAAAAGAAGGACUUAAGGUUAAUGUUUGAAGAGGCACUGCAGGAGAAUGACCUGAUUAGACUCCUUGAGGUUGCAAGGCUGUGUUCCAUGGAAUGCACUCCCAUGCCUGACAACUACGCACAUUCUGAUAUUGGAGAUCUAGUGGAAGUACUGGAAGAUGAUUUGGAGAUUGCCAUAAAAGGGCUGACAUUCAGACUUGAUCCUUCAACAGCUGACCCACUCCUAAGCAUUUCCUGUUCUGGCCUGCAAAUGACAUACAGUGCAGAACCUGAUUUAAUUCCUCUCCUCAGUUGCUGCAGUGAUCUGACAGCUGUCUCCUAUGCACAGUCAGGGUCCUUAUCUAUGUCACCUCCAUCACCAUCACUCAUCCUAGGUGAAAGCAGUACUCCUCCCGACAUUUGGUUUGAGAAGCGGUUCAUGCAGUUUCCUAUGGUAUUAGCAGAUGUUGCUAUAAAGAAUGGUAUAUUCUACUGGGAAGUGGAAGUCAGCAGCAGUCAUUUUUAUAACAUAGGGGUUUGCACCAAAGGAAUGUCUUCUUCCUGUAACCUAAGAGAAGAAUUGCAGUCUUGGUACCUACAACGGCUUGGAGGCACUUUCUCAGUCUUCUAUGAUGGGUACACAGAGCAGCUGGACUCAAUGCCUCAACAUGUCAAUAAAAUUGGUGUGUGUAUCAAUUAUACUGGAGGAACACUGUCAUUCUACAAUGUUGCUGCCCAAGAACAUCUUUGCACCAUACCGACUCGCUUUUUGCAGUAUGUAAAUCCAGCAUUCAGUUUAAAGGAAGGAUCUCUGUCAAUUUUGUGUGGCCUGCCUGUUCCUAACUUUGUAUUUUCAGUUAAGGCUAAUGUAUGUUCAGACAAAGUGACAGAAAACAGCUGGCACAAGGAUUUAGCUUUUUCUGCAGUUGCCUCCUUUAUCCAGAAAUUUGAGGACCUAACUGUGACUGACUCAGAUUCUGGACUAAUCUCCUCCAACUAUGGGUCAUGCUCUACAUUAAAUUCUUGGUCAGGAGCUUCAAGUGCUGACCACUCAGGCUUGAGUGUACAUAUAGUAGAUGACUAACUAUUUUUCCUUCUAAAUGAUACUUCCAUUUCUUUAUGUGCACUCCAUACUGGAAUUUAUUCAGUAUUCUUAACAACUGAUAGACUGAUAUCUGAUUUUUUUUUCACUAGAGUUUGACUAUAGUCUAGGUGAAUAUGCAGCAAUAAAUGCAGUACUUGUGUUUAGCAAUAUCAUAGAUAUUCAGAAAACUGAAAUAUUUUGUAUAUCCACAGAGUAUCUGGUUCAUCUUUCACUAAACUAUGAUUGAGUGUUUGCAUAGAAAACCAAGCUGUCUGAUGAGAUACACAUUGCUAAAUUAUGUAGUGUUGAAAAGUGAGGGACAGACAGCACACUUACUUGUAAAGCAAUCUGCUUACACAUAAUGUGGCAAAUUUAAAAAUCGUUAGAAUUUAAGGGACAUAUUAUUUUAGAAAUGCAUUUUAACUUAAUGAAUUGUGCAGAUCAAGUAUCCUACUAAAGGGGAAGUAGACAUAAGCGUUUCCCAACUUCCAAACAGUGAAGGCCAUCUUUCCUUGAUUUCACAAUUCUGACCACUAGUGAGAAUUGCUUUGAAGCUGAUAUGUUACAAAUACACCACAGUAAGAUUCCAUUGCAUAGUUAAUUAGACAUAUUUAAAAAGUAAGAAAUAGGAAUAUCUAUAACUAUGUUGCAUAAAAAAAUGGUGUGUAUUAUGAAGGUCUAGUAAGCAGGCCACCUCUUUUGCAAUGAUCAGUAUGUGGAGUUCUCCUUUCACUGAAUGUGACCUAGGCUUGCCUAAUGGAAGUGCAGCCUAAUGAAUGCUUAUAUUUGUGGCAAUUAUGCUACUGGGAAUUGAGUUGUGUUAUACAUGGACAGCAAUUACAAGUAGUUCUAUGUUUUCAAGUCUGAUAAACUAUGAAACCUGUAAUAAAACUGAAAAUGCUGGAUCAAAACAAAACAAAACAAACACUGUAACUUACUAACAAAAAAGUAAAUUAAGUAUCAACAUGUAAUUAAAAUGAUUUGGGUGGGGCAGUGGUGCACCAGUUAAUGUUUUUGUCUCAUAGCAAGAGGUUCUCCAGUUCAGCUCUCGGCUGGGGUGCCUUCUGUGCUGAGUCUGCAUGUCCUCCCUGC